AUGACCAGCUACUCGUAUACAGGCUUCCACAAGCCGUACUUCAUAGUAACCUGGGUCGAAUUCAGCGUAUCAGUCCUCCUCCUAGCAGCUAGAUGCUAUGCAUCACUGCGAAUUGUGAAAUCCAGCGCACCUGAUAUAUAUUUGGCAAUUCUUACAUUUAUAUUUGGCGCCGCAAGCAUGGUAGUCCUCACUAUUGCCGCAGAAGCAGGACUCGGUAUCAGAGGGAUAGUCCUGAACGACACUGAUCAAAUCGACGCUCUUCUUUAUGGUUGGCUCAAUCAGUUCCUGGCACUCAUUGCAAUCGGCUUGGGAAAGGUCACCAUUGUAGCCUUUCUCCAGCAAAUCCAAGGCUAUCAUACGGUCUUCCGCACGGUGCUUCUCUGGCUCUUAGCAGGUAGCAACCUUAUUGUGAAUUGCAUUGCGGCUGCGUUGCUAAUCACGCAAUGUGAUCCAGUCCAGAAGCUCUGGGAUGAUUCUAUCCCCGGCUCAUGCCCGGGUCGAAAGCGGAUCCAGGUGUUUGGGUACGUGCAAGGAACAUGGUCUGCCUUUUGUGACUUUGCUCUAGCCCUAUUCCCUGUUUUCCUCUUUGCGGGGAUUCGGGCAAUCUCAGUCCCAACGCGUAUAGGGCUGAGUAUCUUGAUGGGCAGUGGAAUAAUUGCUGGUGCCUGCACCAUUGUCAAAACCAUAAAACUAAGCCGCUUGACGACGUUUACCGACGCAACGCAACAAUUGCAAUAUGUAAUUGUGUGGAACCAGUCUGAGAUGUGGGUUGUAUUCAUUGCCAGCUGUCUUCCGCCUACAAAAGUGUUUUUCACUCGCAUGUUUAAGCAAGCGACUUCUUUCUUGCGGCGCGACUCGGACCAGGAUGGUUCCUAG